ACGUCUGUUGUUUCCCUCCAAUCUCUCUCUCUCUCGCCCUCUCACUCACUUUCUCUAUGUCCCUCGUGCACGCGCGCACGCGCACAUCCACGGAGCUGGCGCGCUGAGCAGUGGCGCCCAUCCUCUCCUUUAGUGCGACUCCUCCGAGGGAUCAGGAGUAGACUAAGUCAAACUUCCAGCGCCAUAAGGUUUGUGCGCAACCCAUAAAAAAAGAUUGAAGUCGCCAAGGGGUCUCAGGUGAUGCCAUGUACCAGCUGCAAUCUUCUUCUAAUCUUCUCAAAUCAGGAGAAUUGAUGCCCAGAUGGUUUGCCCCUCCAUGUGUGGUUCAGCUCAACAUUUCCUGACCAUUUCAUGGGCCACAAGCAGACUCCAACAUCCACGUCCGCAGCUUGACUCAGCCCCUCUGUGUUCUCUGCUCCUCAUUAUUUGCCCCUCACCCCUAACCUAACCCUCUGCCCCCAUUAUCUCCUCUUCCUCACCCACUGCUUCAGCUCUCACCUCACAUUUUGACAGUUCAAGCCCUCCCUGAGCCCAACAUGGUGUCCAGCCUUCCCUCUUUAGUUUUUGUCAUGAUGUGUCAAGGCGCCCUGCUGGCAGAUCCACCUCCAUCCCGUCGUGAGAUCCGCAUCGAGGGCGACCUGGUGCUCGGCGGCCUGUUUCCCGUGCACGAAAAAGGGGCUGGGAUGGAGGAGUGCGGACGUGUGAAUGAGGACAGAGGGAUCCAGAGGCUGGAGGCCAUGCUGUUUGCCAUUGACAGAAUCAACAUGGACAACACUGUGCUGCCGGGUGUCUCCCUCGGGGUGCACAUUCUUGACACCUGCUCAAAAGAUACUUAUGCGCUAGAGCAGGCUCUGGAGUUUGUGAGAGCCUCCCUUACCAAGGUGGAUGACACAGAAUUCAUCUGUCCUGAUGGAUCUUACGCUCUGCAGGAUGACAGCCCACUUGCCAUUGCAGGAGUCAUCGGAGGAUCCUAUAGCAGUGUCUCCAUACAGGUUGCCAAUCUUCUCAGGCUCUUUCAGAUCCCUCAGAUAAGCUAUGCUUCAACGAGUGCCAAGCUCAGCGAUAAGACCCGCUAUGAUUACUUUGCCCGCACUGUACCACCUGACUUCUACCAAGCCAAAGCCAUGGCAGAGAUUCUCCGGUUCUUUAACUGGACAUACGUGUCCACCGUGGCAUCAGAGGGCGAUUAUGGUGAAACCGGUAUAGAGGCAUUCGAACAAGAAGCACGAAUGAGGAACAUCUGUAUUGCUACUUCAGAGAAGGUGGGACGUUCAAAUGCUAAGAAAUCUUAUGAGGCUGUGAUCCGUCAGCUCCUCCAAAAGCCAAAUGCCCACGUGGCCGUCCUUUUCCUGCGCAGUGAUGAUGCCAGAGAGCUGAUUGCGGCUGCUGCCAGGCUUAACACCUCUUUCAUUUGGGUGGCUAGUGAUGGUUGGGGCGCACAGGAGAGCAUUGUCAAGGGAAAUGAGAUCACUGCCGAAGGAGCUAUUACACUUGAACUGGCGGCGAACCCCAUACCAGAAUUCAACCGCUACUUCCUGAGCCUGGACCCUGUCAAAAACCACCGGAAUCCCUGGUUCAGGGACUUCUGGGAGCAGCGGUUCCAGUGCUCUUUGGGAGUCGGAGGCCUAGGAUUCGGUGGAACGCCUCUCCCACCGUGUGACAGGAACUUGUCGAUGGACAAAAGGUAUUUCGAACCAGAGUCCAAGAUCAUGUUUGUGGUGAAUGCAGUGUAUGCCAUGGCCCGUGCCCUCCACAACAUGCAGCGGAGUCUGUGCCUCAACACCACCAAACUGUGUGACAGCAUGAAGGCCCUGGAUGGGCGCAGACUCUACAGGGAUUACAUUCUUAAUGUCAGCUUCACAGCGCCUUUUUCCCCUCCAGGCAGUGAGACGGUAGUGAAGUUCGAUUCCCAGGGGGACGGCAUGGGCAGAUACAAUAUCUUCAGCUACCAGCGUUCUGGCGAACGUAAUGGUUACGUGCCAGUAGGUGAAUGGACAGAGAGUCUGAGUCUGAACAGCGACCUGAUUCGCUGGCCCAAAGAGGUGGCGCCAACCUCACAGUGCAGCGACCCCUGUGAGCGCAAUGAGAUGAAGAAAAUGCAGGCAGGCGAGUACUGCUGCUGGAUCUGUACAGCAUGUGAGCCUCAUGAAUACCUGGCUGAUGAGUUUACCUGCUCACCCUGCACCGCUGGUCAGUGGCCCACUGAUGAUCUGACGUCCUGCUACGACCUUCCUGAGGACUACAUUAUGUGGGAAGAUGCUUGGGCAAUUGGUCCCAUUAGUAUUGCAUGUGUAGGCUUUGUGUGCACUGGUCUGGUGGUUUGGGUGUUCGUCAGACAUAACAACACACCACUGGUGAAAGCAUCGGGCAGAGAACUCUGCUAUAUUCUCCUAUCUGGGGUCUUUAUGUCCUAUACCAUGACUUUCCUCUUUUUGGCCAAACCCUCUCCUGCCAUAUGUGCCCUCCGGCGCCUCGGCUUGGGCACGUCAUUUGCUGUGUGCUAUUCUGCCCUGCUAACCAAAACCAACAGAAUCGCCAGAAUUUUCAACGGUGUGAAAGAUGGAGCAGGAGCAGUGAGGCCGCGCUUCAUUAGCCCAUCCUCUCAAGUGUUUAUCUGUCUGAGUCUGAUCUCAGUCCAGCUAGUGAUGGUCUCAGUGUGGCUGUUACUGGAGGUUCCUGGGACACGGCGCUUUACGUUACCAGAACGACGACAGACUGUCAUCCUUAAGUGUAAUGUGCGAGACUCCAGCAUGCUGUUAUCACUGGGAUACGAUGUUCUCCUGGUCAUCUUGUGUACUGUGUAUGCCUUCAAGACCAGGAAGUGCCCUGAGAACUUCAAUGAGGCCAAGUUUAUUGGAUUCACCAUGUAUACCACUUGUAUAAUUUGGCUGGCUUUUCUACCCAUCUUCUAUGUUACAUCCACUGACUACAGGGUUCAGACUACUACCAUGUGUAUCUCUGUCAGUCUAAGUGGCUUUGUAGUCCUUGGCUGUAUGUUUGCUCCCAAAGUCCAUAUCAUCAUGUUUCAGCCCCAGAAGAAUGUGACCAGUCACCGGCUUAACCUCAACCGCUUCAGUGUCAGCGGGGCUGCCACUACAUACGCAUCCCAUGCUUCCGUCAGUGCCCACUUCGUCCCAACAGUGUGCAAUGGGAGAGAAAUAGUUGACUCCACCACUUCCUCUCUGUGACAACAUCCAAUCCCCUCUCUAAACCCUUCCCUGCGACUGUUAGCCAAAUGACGAACAUUUUUCCAUUACAGCUGUUUCAUCCCCCCUUUUACACACAAACACUCUUUUACAUACACACACAUGCAAACACAUGCACAUACUGAACACAAGCAACGCCACCCUUGUGGACUAGAACUGUAUUGUUUUACAAAUGUAGAAAGUGUGUAACUAUAAUUAAAUUAUUUUCUAGGGAUGUAUAUACACGGAAUCAACAUUGUUGUACGUAGAGAAACAAAAGAACAAAAAAAAACUGUUUUUAGGAGGAAAUUUUUGGAGCCUUUGUUUUUGAUAGCUUUGUUUCAAUGUAAAUAGACAUGAGCUUAAACGUGGUAGGGGGACUGAGUCCUUCCAUCUGGAUGCACAUUUGUGGCUCUGCUUGCCUCACUGCAAUACCCACAGACUUUUGAUUAUCAUGCUUUUUUGUAGUAAUUCAUUGUAAUAACUAACUGUGUAAGCAUUUCUAAUGUGGAUCUGUACAUUUGUAUAUGAUACUACUGAUGGUUCAAACAGCACAAUGUUAAAGGUCUGACACUAGAAUGAAUGUGGCAAAAAGCUAAAACUGGACAAACUGGAACAGCCAGACAAGAAAUUGAAAAUGGAAGGAAGGAAGGAAGGAAGGAAGGACUAUCAAAUUUAGUGAUAUAUUUCAGUUUUAGAAUACAUUAUAAUACAUCUUAAUAGAGGUUUGUUAUGUUCUGGGUCUUUGUAAAAACCUGUGGCUGUUUUGGCGGUAAAAAGAUGUUUUGCUUUUGAUACAAUUGUUUUUAUUUUCUAAUUAUAGAAUCCCUUUAUCUGAAUGGCCAUAAUUCCAGACGUGUGUUCAGCAAAGCAAAGCUUUUUUACUCCCACUCUUAAGCUGCUCUGUCUUUUAAAGACUGCUGUGAUGUAUUACUAACAAUAACGAAUAGCUGCACUGAAAAGACAGUACAGCUAACUCUUUGUGAAAGCCCCAAAAAACAAAAAUGAAUCAGCGCUUUAGCCAGUAAUUAAAGUGCCUUGCAAAAGAAUUCAGACCCCUUGAACUUUUUCACAAUUUGUCAUGUUACAACCAUAGAUUUCAAUGUAUUUUAGUAGGAUUUAAUGGGAUAGAACAACAAAAAGCUGUAUAAUUGUGAAGUGAAAAAAUUAUACAAGCAAAAAUCUUUUAAGAAUUUUGUCAUUUCUAUUUAGCCCUGCAGAGUCAGUACUUUGUAAAAACAUGUUUAGAUGUAAUUAUAGCUGCAAGAUGUUUAGGGUAUGUAUUUCCCAAUUUUGUUCAUCAGAAAACUGAAAUUAUUGCCCAUUAUUCUUUGCAAUGUUGCUCAAGUUUAGUCAGAUUGAAUGGGUUACUAAUAGUUUUUUCUUUAAGAUUGCCCUGGAAAUACCCCUAUUGAUCUUACCAUUAACUUGACUGGCUUCUUUUUUCCUGCAGAAGGAAGCUUUCCCACAUCAUAAUGCAGCCACCACCUUUUUCACGGUGGGGAUGGCGUGUUCCGUGUGAUGUGCAAUGUUAGUUUUCCACCACAAAAUGAGUGUCGCUUGUAGGCCAGAAAUUCGAUGUUAGUCUGAUUUGACCAACGCACCUUGUUGCACAUAUUUACUGUUUCACAUUUAUGUCUGGUGUUAAAUGGGACUUUUUCUGGCUUUCUUUCCACAAUGACUUUCUUCUGGCCAUUCUUCCAUAAGGGCUGGAUUAGAGAUGUGCACGAGUUACAGUUAUCUCUUGAAUAGAUUCUCGGUUCCUGAGUUGCAAAUAUCUGCAGCUCUUCCAGAGUUAGUAAUAGUCUCUUGACUGCUUCUAUAAUUAAUGGUCUCCUGUUCCCUUCAUGUCUGUUCAGGUGGAAGGACAAGUCUUUGUAGGUUUACUGUUGUGCCAUACUUGGUAUGAUGGAUUACACAGUGCUGUAUAUGAUGUCCACAUUUUGGGAUAUUGUUUCAUAAGUUCAUCCCUAAACUGGUGUGUUCCUUGGUCUUCUGUUUGUUCACUAAUGUUGUGUAACAAACCUCUAAAGCUUUCAAGGAACACCUGUAUUUAUACUGAGACUUAAGUACACACGAGUAGUCUCCAUUUACUAAUUAAUUGCACAGGAUUUUGAUUGGUAGCAUUUUAAGAGGACUGAAAGUAUAUGCAUGCCACAUUUUUCAGAUUUUAUUUUUAAAACAUUUUUAAAACCACACAUAUUUUUCCUUCCAUCUCCCAGUAAAGUACUUCUUCGUGUUGCUCUAUUACAUAAAAUCCCAAUAAAUAAAUUGAGUUUGUAACUUUAAAAGAAUACAUUUGCAAACCAC